AUGAGUCAGCAUGGAGGUGGUUUCUAUGGCUACCAUCCCAGCGGUAACAUGAGCUCCCCAAUGACAGCAGGUAACUACCAGCGGCCGUAUGGGCAGCCGGCCGCCGAUGUCUUCACCCCCGAGAUGCGGGAUCGGCAGGCGCGGGGCAAGGACCCGUAUCAAGACUUGGGGGACUCGUCAGAUGCGAAUAACUGGGCAGGAAGACGCCGAACAAAGGAAGAGCCCUUCUCCAUUGUGGAGCAGCGACGGCAGGCUGCUGAGAUCCUUGACAACCCGGAACUUCUCCUGACAAAUGCACAACGCGAUAAUGAAGUAAGCUAA